UUUGCCUACAAUAACUCACCUAACCAGACCUUUCUCUCCACACCCAGUAAUACCUGCUUUGAACCACCGAGUCCAUGUUCAAGUCCUUUUUCUGCACACAAGAACUGGGACUGGUUGAACAGUUUAAAAUGGGAUGUUAGGAAAAACAGUGGAAUAUAAGACAACACAUAAUAUGUCAGGCGACAAUUUUCAUUUGUGUGGCAACUCUCCACAACGUUAGACCGCUGCAGCGUGUACCUUCAGCUGGGCAGAGCCAGUGCGCGGGGGCGGAGUAGCAGCGCCAAGACUCAGAAGCAGCGGUUCAGACAGAGAUAACCGUCAAGGAGGAGACGGAAAAAGGAACAGGAUAGGAGAACCUUUUCCCAACAGGGUGGAAUACAAAAGACAGUUUUAUCAGAAAUCCGCGUUGAGUCCUUGAGUUAAUACCAGCCUCGUCCAACUUGGAACAUUAGGAGCUAACGGACUGUUAGCUACCUAGCUAUCCUAGCAGCCGACUAGCAGCUAACGUAGCCCAGCUGGUGGCAGCCUGGCUGCCGGGGAAAAGCUUCCAAGAUGAGGUUGAAAGUAGGAUUUAUUCUACGGAGUUUGCUUGUCAUUGGGACGUUUCUCGGCUUGGUGGUGCUCUGGUCCUCUCUGUCGCCCAAACUCAACGAUGAGAACCCUUUUGGAAAAAGGGAGGACGCUUUGCUGCCCAAAGGAGACCUAGCUGAUCAGUUUAAGCCUGUAGUGCCUUGGCCUCAUGUGGAAGGGGUGGAAGUCGACCUCAACUCCAUCAGACUCCAGCAUGGAAGGCCCAAUCAUGCCCAAGACUUUAACCAACAGCCCAACCAGAGGCAGGUAAUCCAGCAGCAGUAUGUCACAUUUAGACCUCACACUCAUGCCUAUGCCAGCCCUGUCCUGAAGAACGGUGUCCUGGGAAACUUUGAGCCGAAGGAACCUGAACCACCAGGGGUUCCCGAUGGUCCUGGAGAGGGAGCCAAGCCAUUUGUUCUGGGCCCAGAGUACAAAGACUCCAUCCAGGCUUCCAUCAAAGAGUUUGGAUUCAACAUGGUAGCUAGUGAUAUGAUUUCACUGGAUAGAACGAUCAGUGACAUACGCCAUGAAGAGUGUAAGUAUUGGCAUUAUGAUGACAGACUGAUGACAUCCAGUGUGGUGAUAGUCUUUCAUAAUGAAGGCUGGUCUACAUUGAUGAGAACCGUCCACAGUGUCAUCAAGAGGACUCCUAGGAAAUACCUUGCUGAGAUCGUCAUGAUUGAUGACUUUAGCAACAAAGUCCAUCUGAAGGAACGUUUAGAAGAGUAUGUCAAGCAAUGGAACGGCCUUGUGAAACUCUUCAGAAAUGAGAAGAGAGAAGGACUCAUACAGGCCAGGAGUAUUGGAGCCAAGAAGGCUACGAAAGGACAGGUGCUGAUAUACCUUGAUGCACAUUGUGAGGUUGGAAUCAACUGGUAUGCUCCACUGGUUUCUCCUAUUUCCAAAGACAGGACCGUAUGCACAGUGCCACUGAUAGACUAUAUAGAUGGUAAUGAGUACAGUAUGGAGCCCCAGCAGGGUGGAGAUGAGGAUGGCCUGGCUAGAGGAGCCUGGGAUUGGAGCCUGCUCUGGAAGAGAGUACCACUUGGCCAGAGAGAGAAGGCCAAGAGAAAACAUACCACCCAGCCUUACCGAACGAUCUGUACAGUGCCUCUGAUCGACUCCAUCCACGGCCAGAGCUUCACCAUUCAGCCCCAGGGUGGAGGAGACAGCGAUGGUUUUGCUAGAGGAGCCUGGGAUUGGAGCAUGCUCUGGAAGAGAGUUCCUCUCGGAGACAGAGAAAAAAAACUCAGAAAAACUCAGACUGAGCCAUAUAGGUCUCCAGCCAUGGCAGGAGGUCUCUUUGCAAUAGAGAGAGACUUCUUCUUUGAGCUGGGUCUGUAUGACCCAGGGCUUCAGAUAUGGGGAGGAGAGAAUUUUGAAAUAUCAUACAAGAUUUGGCAGUGUGGUGGCCAACUACUCUUUGUACCAUGUUCUCGUGUCGGCCAUAUCUACAGACUUCAGGGAUGGCAAGGCAACCCCCCGCCUGCACAUGUUGGAUCCUCACCCACUCUGAAGAACUAUGUUCGUGUGGUGGAGGUUUGGUGGGAUGAAUAUAAGGACUACUUCUAUGCUAGCCGUCCUGAAACUCUCACGCUGGCCUAUGGAGACAUAGGUGAUCUUAAACGCUUCAGGGAGGAGCAUCGAUGCAAAAGUUUCCAGUGGUUCAUGGAGGAAAUAGCAUAUGACAUUCCACUGCACUACCCUCUUCCUCCUAAAAAUGUAGAGUGGGGGGAGAUUCGGGCCUUUGAGACAAGUUACUGUAUUGACAGUAUGGGACACACAAAUGGAGGAAACGUGGAAAUUGGCCCAUGCCACAGGAUGGGAGGCAACCAGUUGUUCCGUAUUAAUGAAGCCAACCAGCUGAUGCAGUAUGACCAAUGCCUGACCAGAGGAGAUAAUUCAGCUGUCAUCAUCACACACUGUGAUCAGAACCAGCACACUGAGUGGAAAUACUUCAAGGAUCUCCACCGAUUUACUCAUGUGCCAACAGGGAAAUGUCUGGACCGCUCUGACCUGCUUCACAAAGUCUUCAUAUCAGAUUGUGACACUAGCAAAACCACUCAAAGAUGGGAAAUGAACAACAUAGUGGCUGUGUGAGGGUGCACGGCCGGAUUCACUUGCACUGAGAAAUAGAUCCAUACCAUAAGUUUACAGAAAAAAGUUUUGAAAUGAGCCAGAGUCAGUGCACCUCCAACAUAAUAGGGUAGUUUAACUGUUGCAAUCAGCCAAAACAUGCCUUUUUCAAUUUUGGGUCAAUAUAGUCCUGGAUUCUGCUGACACUUAGACACUCCAGAUGGUAGAAGAACAGGUUGAUAUAGAGGCUGAAGUUCCUGGUCCUCAGAGUGGCCUUCUGGGUAAACAUUGAAAUGGAAACAUGUUGGGCUCUGUCUCUACUCUAUGCUGGUUUUGUUUACAAGGCAUCUUUCUAUCUGUUUUUUGGGGCUCUCAGGUCUUUUCUAAACCACUACAUGGAUUUAUGAAUUUAUUACAUCAAUCAAACUAUUUAAUGGUCAUACUCUUAUUAGAUCGUUUCAAUCAGCUGAUUAGCUCACUUACCAAAGAGUCCUAUUUCUUAAUGGGGGGUUUAAUUGCAUCAUUUGUGUGUUUAGCCAGGUGCAGUGGUUGUACAUACAUUGGAUGGCGCAAUGCUUUUUUUUUUAAUUGGAUAUCAAAUACAGAACAGUCAGGUGUGAAGCAGGUCUGUUUCAAAAGCAAGAAAUGAAUAGAAAACGGCAAGGAGAUCCACGUGUGAAAAUGGGGAGUCUUUGGCAGUGUUGAACUGAUGAUAUUGUGGUAGUGUUCACAAACAAAAUUGACCAACGAUCAGUAUUCUUUUUCUUUCUGUUUUUGUAAAGCGCUAAUAGACCGGUAUUGUCAUUUCGGUGAUAUACGUUCACCGUCCUCUGGGACACAUGCUGAACAGGUUAAAAAGAACAUGAAGACUGAAUUGUAUUUGUUUUUUCUUUGCACUCAGGAGUCUGUAAAAAGCAUUUUACAUAUGAAGAGCCACCUCUAGCUUAAAGCUAAUAUAGUAAUCUAUUAGGCAGACUUUGGUUCAACAAGCAGAAUUCAAUUGAUCACAUGGUAUCAAAAGCCAAACCGUGACUUAAAAAAUAGAACACUCCUACAUAAAACUUUAUCAGCAUUUAUUUACUACUACUGUCUCCUAGACCAGUUUUGAUUCUUCAUGUCUGAAAGCACCUUUACUAUAAUAUGCUGCACAACAGCGCAAGUAAAACUAACACACACGCUUUGUUUCCGUUCGCCUUUUUCAUUUAUUUUCAGAAACUUCUACAGACACUGAGAUGCUUCAGUGGACUGAUGGUCUGCCUGCCCUGUGACAGACUUAAGGGUUUUAGUAGCCGACCAGUUUACUGUGACCUAGUAACACUGUCUGAAAAUGAAAAAAAAAAAAAAGAGGGUGGUUGGGUUAGGAAGGAUACUUAUGAGAAAUAAAUAACUUCUGGUGGGGAAAACAAAUGAAAUAAUGAAAACAUGACUGCUGUUUUGUUUAUUGGGAAAGAGGGUGAAGUGUAUUGGUUAUAAUGUAUGCAAUGUUUUGUAUAAUGUAAAUAGACUCAUUUCUAAAGAUGAUCAUGUUGCAUUUUCUGAAGGCCCUUGACUGAUGUAAAUAUCUAACUUAUAGCAGAGAUUUAAUAAUAUGAUUUGAACAGUGGGUGACUGAGGGAAUAAAAGCAGAUUUUUACAACUA